UUCUUCUUGUGGCUGUGGUCAAGCAAACUGGUUGGUGCAUUUCAGCGGACCAGUAGCCAGCCGGCAGGUGGUGAAGCUGUGCACCAGGUGGUGGGGCCGUCCCGGCCAGCCACCAGCUGCCAUGGAGCCGUCUCCUCCAUACACUGAGUCACCAACAGUGGAGGACAUUCCUGUCUGCUGCGACUUCACCACCUGCUGCUACUCAGGGCUUUGUGCUGUGCUCUGUUUCUCUGGCAUCGCCAUCACCUUCAUCUUCAGCUCGUCGUGGCCGGGGCCGAUGUCGCUGGACAUGAUGACGGCGCGCCAGACCUGGCUGCUGGGACCCGUGCUCAUCCUGCUGGGCCUGCUCGUCGCCGUCAAGACCAUGAUGCACGUGCGCAAGCAGCGGCUGAGCGCCCUGGGCCGGCGCAGGCGGCGGCGUCGACCGCGCGGCUCGCUGGCGCUCGAAGAGGUCGACUCUGGCCUGGAGGUGGCGCUGCCGCCGCGCGGCCAUGACCUGCCGCCCUCCUACGAGGAGGUGAUGAAGCUGAUGCAGGAGGAGCGGCGGGGUCCUCCGCCGCCUCCGCCGCCAGCGGCGGCUGCGGCGGCAGUGGCAUCCUGA